UCAUCGACCCUUACCUAACAAGAUGGCGCAGUGUACUGAAGACAUCAAGCCCUCUAGCUCUGCCAAGCAAAAAGAAAAGGUGCUCGAAGAAGAUCCAUUAGAAUCUGCUCCGCCAAGAGUACCUCUUGAGGGUGGCUUUGAAGUAGAGAUUGUUAAUCCGCCCACUGAGCUACAGUAUCAAUGCCCUAUAUGCCUACAAGUACUGUGUGAGCCUCAUCAAGCUACUUGCUGUGGAUCUAACUUCUGUAAGAGCUGCAUCUCGAGGGUGAAGAAUAAUGGAGUGCCCUGUCCAUUAUGCAAGGAGGCCGAUUUCAACAUAUUUCCUGACAAGAGGCUAAAACGAUCGUUAAUCAGCUACAAAGUGAAGUGCAAGCAUCAAGCUAAAGGUUGCCCCUGGAUUGGUGAACUAGGUGGUAUAGAGAAGCAUCUCAAUGAGAAUCCAACCCUCGAUAUUCGACAAAAUGGCUGUGAAUUCCAAGAGGUCAAGUGUGCUCACUGCGAGGAGUUCUUCAUCAGGAAAGACAUCACCAACCACGAAACAAAGUGUCUCUUUCGUCCAUACAUGUGUGAGUACUGCAGCUCCUACCAGUCCACCUGUCAUGAUGUGUCUGUUAACCACUGGAAAGUAUGUCCACGACGACCAAAUCCCUGUCCUAAUAAGUGUGGGGUUUACCCAGAGAAUCGUGAUCUACAGCAGCAUCUGGAGAAUGAGUGUCCGAAUGCUAUAUUGAAAUGUCCAUUUGCCUAUGCUGGUUGCGAAGUAGAAUUGACUUCUGCUGACAUUGAUAAUCACUUAAGAGAUGACUUCCCUCAACAUGCCAAGAGUGUGGCUAUCCACCAACAGAAGACACUCGAUGAAUUCUCAACUGACAUGACCACAUUGAAGGAGGAAAAUCAAGAAUUGAAGGAAAUUGUGGAAAAACAGUCAAGAACGAUUGAGACGCUUCAACAUGAUUUGAGCCGCUUCAGGAACAAGCAAGACCGAAACAAGAGAGCUAUCCAGGCCCUCCAAGAACACUCUGCCAUAGCACCGAUCAUCUUCACUCUGGAUGAUUUCGAAGGACGCCUCAAACGUAAGGACAUGGGUUGGAAUCCAGCUGCCUUCUUCACGCAUCCUCAAGGCUACAAGAUGCUCCUGUGUGUUGAUGUGUAUGGCAAUGGUACUGGCAAAGGUACCCACAUGUCUGUCUUCCUCAGUCUGCUCAAGGGGGAGUUUGAUGAACACCUCAAGUGGCCUUUCAGAGCCUCCAUAACGAUUCGACUAGAGAACCAAGAUGAUGAGGAGAGCCAUUAUGAGGAGAUGAUCAAGUAUCAUGACAGCACUCCCGAGGUAACAGCUGGACGGAUACUAGAGGAGGGACGACAAGGAAGGCCUUGGGGUAAGGGAAAGUUCAUCGCUCACAGUGAACUUUAUUCAAAGUUUUUGAAAGACAAUUGUCUACGUAUUGGUAUUGGUAAAAUUGUUUUGCAUUGAAUGUUAAUACUUUAGCUGUACUUUAGCUGUACUCCGUUAAAUUUGUGUGCAAAAUACAUGUAGACAAUGUAAUUAUUGAUUGUG